AGAAGUCAGUGCACGCGCGGACGUCAAGCCGUAUGUUCAUGUUCUCUCUGUGCGAAAUCGGAGUGACGUUUGACUUUGCCUGCGUCGUUCGUACUGCCGGUUUAGAGUGCUUGUGUUUUCUGUAUCACUGGACGAGAGGGGGAUCCUUAAGGCCGGCAUUCAUCGUGGCUAGACAGAUCAUGGAGUGACUGUUCGUCGAUCGCACAAAUAAGACCAGGCCAUCAUGGACGUUGAGGCAGCGCUGCUGGAGAACUCUCCAACACUGUCGACGAUCUCGUCGGAUUGCACCGACACCACAUAUUCCGGCCCCGGCUCGCCCUAUUCCCCGGAAUCGCCGAUCAUCGUCACCUCCUCGUACAAGAAGACAAAGGAUGACGAGAUCACGCCUAGACCGACGCCCAGGCACCCGCUACCGCCCCGGAAGCCCAACUUCCGGAUACGACCGCCCUACCUUAUGAUCUGCAUCAGCAUCAUAGAGAUAGCCGUUCACUGCCUGGGAGACGAGGCGACGUUGCGCAGGUGGUUGGUCUACGAUCCACGUCAGAGGGUGCAGGGCUGGAGGUUCGUCUCGUACAUGCUGCUGCACUCGAACGCGCUUCACCUUGCGUUGAACGUAGUCAUCCAACUGGUGCUCGCCACUCCGCUCGAGGUGGAACAGGGUCGAAUAGGGGUGGCAACGAUCUACUUAGGAGGUGGUGUUUGCGGAGCCCUUGGAGCAUCUCUUCUCCAACCGAGCCUCUUCUUGGUCGGCGCUUCUGCGGGUGUCUAUGCUUUACUUACCAGUCAUCUGGCGCAUCUCUACCUGUGUCACGGAGAACUCCGCUACGCCGGCUGGCGUCUAGGUGCCGUGUUACUCUUAGCAAGCGCAGACGUCGCGUCACUUCCAAUUCCAGCACUGCUCGGUUGCGGUAGAGUCGGUUGGGCAGCUCACGUGGCUGGCGCCCUGGCAGGGCCACUCCUAGGCCUGGCAGUGUUCCCGAAUCAAAGCAAGAAAGACGCUAGAGGACGAAGAUUCGUGAGGUUCGUGCGACUUCUAAGCGCGAUCAGCGUGAUGCUGCUCGUGGUUGGCGCCAUUUUGGGCAACAUCUACGUGAUCGCGUUGCCACAGCUGAGGAAGCCCUCCUGACAGAGGAUCGAGCUGCUCGUCAAGCUCUGCAGACGGUCCUUCCUCAUCGUCAAGAUCAGAGAGGCCGCCGAGAGCGUUUUCGAGUAGGAAAUCGCGCAACUCGCUGGCAAUGGGAAAAUUUUUACGACGUUGCUCGGACCCAGGGAAAGAAAUGAUCGUCGUCGAAGUUGGGAUCGCGUGAAAUUAUGAGAAAAGAAAAAAGAAAAAAAAAAGAAGGAAGAAAAAGGAACAGAAUUGGAAGAUAACGUUGAAGACGAAGAACUUUCGGAACUAAAAAUUUCUCGAAUUUGCAAGCAAAAGUAAUACGGAAUUGUAAAUGGAACUGAGAAGCAUCGUUGAAAAAAUAUGUCGGCGAAUGUAUUACGGUGAGGUGAGAAUUUGUAGAUUGUUAUUGCGAUACGCGUGGAAGAAAAAUUGUUGUUCGAACUGCGCAAAUGGGUGAACAAUUAGAUGGAAGGAAAAAUAAGACGUUGGAUAUAAAUGAAACGGAACAGAAAAGCAUCGUGCUCUGUUAAAGGGCAAGUGGUGGAUGUACAACGUGAACGUAAAUCGAUUGGAGCAACUACUCGCAGACUGUUGUUGCGAUACGUGUGGAAUAACAAAUUUUGUAAACCGUGCAAAUGGGUAAACAAUUAAAUGGAGAGAAGAGUAAGAAGCACGUGGGAGGUAUUACGAUUGAAGACUAUUUGCAAGUCGUUGUUGCGAUACGCAUGGAAGAAGAGAUGCUUCGAACUGUUCAGUUGAGUGAAUAAUUAAGUUAAAGGAGUAGAAGGCUUCUUAUUUGCAGCGAUUGUCGGAUAUAAAAUUGAGAAGAAGAAAAUUGAAGAUGGAAGGAAAUGUAUCUAUCGAAGGAAGAAGAGAGCAGAAGAGGGACAAACAUACAUGUACGUUAAUCUUAUUAAGAACUUGGCUAAACAUAGAGUUUAUCAAGCCGAGAAAAGCGUGCGUUUAAUUACAAAAGGAGAAAGACUUUCCGCAACAAAUAUUUAAAUAUUUAAGGGAACGAAAAUCGCUGAGGAAUUAAAACCGAGUAAACGGUCCAGCGAUUUCUAUCGAAAUAAUAUUUACCUUUACCGAAACUGCCAGAAGAGAACCACUCACCGAAUGAAUCGCCUAAAAUAGAUAAAAAAUAAAAAUAAAGAAAAAGCAAGAUCAACCGAUCAACCAAAAAAAAAAUAAAUAAAUAAACAAAUAAAUAAAUAAAUAUAAAAAGCGAGAGCAAUCUAAACCAAUCUUAGGGAGAGAAAGAAGGAAGAAAAUUGCCUGAAAUUCCAGCUGGCUCGAUUCAAGUUUCUUCGACUGUAUCGACAGGAAUGAUCAAGGGUCUCCUUUUCGAAAGAACUAUAGCAUCCUGUCUGCGUUUAGUAUACUUCUCUGCAAGGUCUAGCCGUUCUUCAAUUUCUGCCUGAUGUAUUCGGCUAGCGGGAAGGAGCAGAAAGAUAUUCUGGAAAUUUACGUUGGCCAAGCUGUCUCUAAUCGUGGGAUUACGAGAGGUCGUUGCUCGUGGCCAACGUUUGUUCCAACGGCUGACGAAUCGACGUCGUUUCGACGAAGAAUGGACGCGUCGUAUAAAUCGCUUAUAUCGCGAUUCUUUAUUGCACUCAUCAAUGUUAAGACGCCAAGAUGAAUAGGAAACUUCGACUUGACGCUUUUUGGUGUUUGUUUGGAUGAAAGCGGAGGAGCUGGUUUCUGGAAGAGGCGUAGAAUUCUAUUUGGAGAUGGAUGUAGAACUCUCGAUUGUACGAGGAUUGAAAAGAAACGGGGAGAAGGAAUUGAUGGGACUGGGAUUGUUUAACGGUGAACGUAGAACUUUUAAUUGCACCCUCGACGAACGGAGAAAAGAUAGAAAGAAGAAAUUGAAAGAGUUGCACCGUAUAAUGAUGGGAUCAGUAAGUUUGACCAUGUGUUUGAUAAAUAGCAGAAUGUUGAAAGUAGAGAUCAAGGAAACUACUGAUUUGGUUCUUCGAUAAUGCGUGCCAUGUGAAACGAUGGAUUUGGUUGUUCAACUUUAGACCUUAACUUUCAACGAAGGAGGAAUAAAUUGAAAGGAGAAAUUGAAGGGAAUAGAUCGUCGAGAGUUAAAACUUGGUGAUAUAGUUUCAAUUUACUUCAGUUCCUAGGUGGAUGAAGAACAGAUUGAAAUCGGAAGUUAGACAGUGUUCGAUAAUGAGUGUGAUCGAUAAUAAUAAAAUACUCUUUG